CUCUAAAUCAUGUUCAAGUACGUUCUCCUCGUCAUCUUCCUCAUCGCCCUCAUCGAGAUGGCUUCAGCCGAUUUUUCGUGCUAUUUCUCGGAUUCCAUCUGCAAAUCCAUCACCUGCAGAAACUGCAAAGUCGCCACCUGUAUCACCGGAGACUGCGUCUGCACCCUUUGCUAAUUUUUUGAAUAAUUUUUUUAUCUUUUGAAAAAAAUUGAAAAUUGAAUUUGCAUAAUAUAAUAAACUGAAUUAAUCGAUAA